GUCCACCAUCGGCGUAGUAUAAAAUGACAGAUAAACCGAACUCUAGAGAACAAUCAAUGCUCUCUGAUACUAUCCCAGCGAGCGGAGACUUAUCAACCGUGAACUCGAAAGUACCGUCUCCGAAAGCUGAGAAAAUACCAGAGGAAGAUGCUGACGAAUUGGAAGAAGAAGAUGACGAUGACGAGGAUGAGCUUGACGAGGAGUACGACUCGGACGGUGAGCUCGUCAAGCCAGUGACUAAAGAGAAAGCACCAGCGAAAGACGCGAAGAAAUCUGUGCGCAGAUCCAAACACAAAGCUAAGAAGGAAGAAAUCGAGAAAUCAAAGAACGUAGAUUCAAUAAAGCGUUUCUCUUAUUUGAUUGGGCAGACGGACUUAUUUAAGCACUUUAUUGAUCGCAGAAAAGCUCGUGAUCCAGCUUUCGCCGCGAUGAUCGAACAAUCAGAGGCGCAAACCGGGAAAAAGAAAUCAAAAAAGUCAGAGGGCAGACAUAGAAAGUCAGAAAAAGAGGAAGAUGAAGAAUUGCUUAAAGAGGAAGACGACGAGCCAUUCGCAUUCACUGAGACACCAGCUUUCAUACAGAAUUGUCAGAUGCGUGAUUACCAAGUACAGGGUUUGAAUUGGAUGAUUGGUUUGCAUCACAACGGUAUAAACGGUAUUUUAGCAGACGAAAUGGGUCUCGGUAAAACGCUUCAAACAAUAUCUUUCUUGGCUUACCUCAAACACUUCAAGGACAUUUCAGGCUACCACCUCGUCUGUGUACCAAAAUCAACACUUGACAAUUGGGCUAGGGAGUUCACAAAGUGGUGUCCAGACUUUAAAGUAGUCGUCCUCCAGGGUAACAAAGAAGAGCGUGAAAAAAUAGUCAAAGAGAGUAUCCUUCCUGGCGAUUUUGAUGUGCUUAUUGCUUCUUAUGAGAUUUGCCUCCGUGAGAAGUCAGCCAUAAAAAGACUCAGUUGGGAGUACAUCAUUAUCGAUGAAGCUCAUCGUAUCAAAAAUGCCAACUCUUUACUGUCACAAAUCGUUAGAAUUUUCAACUCGCGCAAUCGACUUCUCAUUACUGGUACACCCCUUCAGAACAAUCUUCAAGAACUCUGGGCUCUUCUUAACUUCUUGCUUCCAGAUGUUUUCUCAUCUGCUGAAGAUUUUGAUGACUGGUUUACUAAUAAUCGAGAUGGUAAGGAAAAUUCCGACGAAGUUGUCAAACAAUUGCACAAGGUCCUCAGACCGUUUUUGUUGCGUAGAGUUAAAGCAGAUGUCGAAAAGUCACUCCUUCCAAAGAAAGAGAUUAAUUUGUAUGUUGGCUUGACGGACAUGCAAAGAAAGUGGUAUAAAGGUAUCAUUGAGAAAGAUAUUGAUCUUGUUAAUGGUAUGGGAUCAAGUAAGAAGGAAGGUAAAACUAGACUUCUUAAUAUCGUUAUGCAAUUGCGUAAAUGUUGCAACCACCCGUACCUUUUCGAUGGCGCUGAACCUGGUCCACCAUACACAACUGAUGAGCAUCUCGUCUUUAACUCCGGAAAGAUGCUUAUUCUUGACAAACUUCUUAAAUCUAUGAAAGCAAAAGGAUCAAGAGUGCUGAUUUUCUCACAAAUGUCAAGAGUGUUGGAUAUUCUCGAAGAUUACUGUAUGUUCAGAGAUUAUCAAUACUGUAGAAUCGACGGUCAAACAUCACACGAUGAUCGUAUCUCCGCGAUAGAUGAGUACAACAAGGAGGGAUCAGAGAAAUACAUUUUCUUACUCACGACAAGAGCUGGUGGUCUUGGUAUCACACUCAACACUGCUGACAUCGUCGUUCUCUACGAUAGUGAUUGGAAUCCACAAGCUGAUUUACAAGCUAUGGAUAGAGCCCAUAGAAUUGGUCAAAAGAAGCAAGUCUACGUAUUCAGAUUCGUAACAGAAGAUGCCGUCGAAGAGCGCAUCCUUGAACGUGCUGCUCAAAAACUCCGUCUUGAUCAAUUAGUCAUUCAACAAGGUCGUCAAACUCAACAAAAGAAUGCGGGUAAAGAUGAACUCACUGAUAUGAUUCAACAUGGUGCAGAAAAGAUUAUAAAUAAUCAAGCAAGAGAGAUUGUUGAUAAUGACAUUGAUGAAAUUAUCAAGCUUGGUGAGACGAAGACAGCAGAUAUGGCGUCAAAGUAUGAAGGAUUAAACCUUGAUGACCUUAACAACUUUAAAUCCGAGAUCAAUUUCACUGGCGUUAAUCCAAAAGCAAAGCAACCAAUUUGGAUUGAACCAGGAAAGAGAGAACGUAAACAAAAUUAUUCAAUUGAUGAUUACUACAAGGGUGCAAUGAAACCAAAUCCUCAAGGUCGCACGAGAUCAAACAAGCCACCACCUUCGACCCACAAGUUCCAAGAUUACCACUUCUACCCGGUCAGGCUUCUUGAACUUGCCAGACGCGAUGACAACUACAAGAAAAAGAUGGAUGGAUGGGAAGCACUCCCUCGUACUAUUGACCCUAAGAAGGCUGAGGAGAAUCCACAACUUGUCGAACAAGCCAAACUUGAUGCUAAGAAGGAGCAAGAGGAGAUUGACAAUGCUACGCCACUUACUGAAGAAGAACACAAGGAUAUGGAAUCAAUGAGCGACCAAGGUUUCACGAAUUGGACACGCAGAGAAUUCCAAGCUGUUGUAAGAGGUAUGGAGCAGUACGGCAGAAACGAUAUAAAGGGUAUCAAAUCAGUAGUUGGUGAUGGUAAAACUGAAGAAGAAGUAGCCGAAUAUCUUGACGUUUGGUGGAAACGUUACACAGAGGUACAAGAUUAUCAGAGAAUGAUAUCACGUAUAGAAGAGGGUGAAAAGACACUCGAAGCUACUGUAACAAAGACUCGUGCAAUCAAAGCUAAAGUAAAUGGUUGUAAAUACCCAUUGCAAAUGUUAACUAUUCCAUAUGGUCCUCAACAAAGGGGCAAACAAUAUACUGAAGAGGAAGAUAGAUUCUUACUCGUUCGAUUGUCUCAUCAUGGGCUUCACUCUGACGAUACUUUCGAUAGAAUCAAAAGAGAUAUCCUCGAUCAUCCUGCAUUCAGAAUGGACUGGUUCUUUAAAUCAAGAACACCAGCAGAGAUUUCAAGAAGAUGUCAAACGCUUAUUUCGUUGGUACUGAAAGAAGCUGGUUUAUAUGAGGGUAAACAUGCCCACCCAUCGGCAUAUCCUGCAGAUCACAAAGAGGGUGAAUUGGUAGCUAACACAAAGAAACGCGCAAAUCCAUCACUUUCGCCUUCAUCAACUUCAUCAAAGAGAUCAAAAGCGGUCGGUCCACCACCAAUGGGACCUGGUGUUACACCAUCCGUACUCACACCGAACCCAUAUCAGCAGCAGGUGACUCCACAAAUGUACGGUCAAACACCAACGCCAGCCCCAGCACAAGGAACUCAAGUACCACAUCAACUUCCACCACAGCAGGUUCCGCAAGCUCCAAAUGGACAAGCGAUGCAACCGGCAAUGCCACCGAUGAACUUGCCAUCUGUACCAUUCCCGGAUCAACCAUAUCCACCACAAUCUGGCAAGUAAAAUUAUGGCUCUUUAAUAUUCAUCGUUUUGAUUUGUAAAUUUAUUAAUUAGUUUUUGGCAACAUAUGUAAACUUCGCCAUUUUCGC